AUGAUAUCUGAAAGCGCAAACUCCUAAUAAAAUACGAAAAUAACUUAAUUUUACAACAAAAAGGACAAGAAUGAGAAGUAGCUGGUUUAGAAGAGUUUAGACAACUAGAUAAUCUUUAAAUAGGAGUAUCAACUAAUAAGUGGAAGAGAUCAAAGGUAUGAGAAGUUAGGAACAGGAGGAACAGCCAGGGAUCAUCAGAUUAAAAUACACGAUGAGAUGGAGAUAGAGUAAUCUCAGGAUUUCGAAGAAAAUCUGAAGCAGCAGUUCUCUCCCAGAAAUAACUACCUGAAAACAAACACAAUGGAUUAAGUGAUUGAAAACCAGAAUCAGAUUCAGAAGCAUUAUCACCAGUAGAUCCCACAAGAAACUGAUUCUUAAACAGAAAGGAUAGAAUUUCUGGCUGGCUAGACUAGUUAGAUGGAGGACUCAAGUUUUCAGAUGUCUCAGAAAUUAUUCCAAGUCAACAAAUCUCUCAUGCUUGAUGAGCUGGAUGAAUCACAAAUAAAUGAUAUAAUGAGGACAUCAAACAACAAUGGCAUAUUGCGCACAUAAAAUGAUCUCUAAAAUGGCAGACUUACUACUCUUAUUUAUAACGAAUCAGGGCAGAAUCUCAAGUUAGUCAAGAAUCAGCAAAAACUCCUCAUUUAUGACUCCAAUGAUGUAAUUUAUGAAGAUGAUGUCAGUGUGAUCGGACUCCCGAGCAACAGAGAUGAAAAUCGGGCAUCUCAGGGCAUUAACUACGAAAACUAAAAAUAUAAUAUAAUGGUGUAGAAGGCUUAAAUAACAACUCUUAAUGAGCAAUUCAAUUUGCAGCCUACAACAACAGCUGCGAGCGCUAUGGGGAUUAGCUAAAUCGAAGGCCAAAUGGCAACUAAUAAAAACAGUCAAAUGAGCUUCAAUGAGAAUGCCCCCUAAAGAAUAUCACAAGUAGUUGUUACAUCUUAAAUACCUUCGCAUCGAUACUAAGAAAACACUGAAGAUGAUAACUUCUCUCAUGAAUAUGGUGAUGACUCAAAAUUCAAAGCAAUGAGAGUGCUGAAUGUCCUUGACAAAAUACUUUUCAAAAGGUAAAUGACAAUCUUCAAUAAGCUACAUUCCCUUGUCAAGCAAGACAAAGUUAUCAAGCUCGUUAAUAUGGUUAAUCUCUUUAAAAACAAACAAUAGUUGAAUGUCGGCAGUACUUUCUUAAACAUUAAGUUCUAUGGAUUACAAAAAUUUAUUACCAAGACUUAUGAGUCUUAGAGGCAACUAUCCCUUUAGAAACAAAACACCAAUAAUAAAAAUAAGUUCUAAAGACUCCCAACUUUUGAGAUUAGUGAUAAUGUUAGUGAUAUUAUGGAGGAGAACAUCAGAGAAAGUGACUUUGAUGUUAUUGAAAAGAAUGAGAAGAUAUCUAUUAUCAAGAACUCAAAUUAACUAUCCUAUAAAAUCAACGAGUAAAAUGGAUAUUUGCAUCCUAAAAAGUUUGGGAAUUAUAAUAAUGAUAAGAUAGCUAGAGUUAACUCAGUUAGCAACAACGAGACCUAUUUCAAAGAUUCUAGAAGCAGUGAAAUUGUAUUAUCAAGUGCCAAAAAGAAUCUAGGUAUAAAUGUCCCUAAUCAUAAUAAGAUCUAAUCUAUGAUGAAUAUGAACAGCUUAGGAGUCAAUAAAGAGGCCAGCUUUUUUGGGACAAAUAAAAUAGAAUCAAUAAGCAAAAAAAACAGUCUUAUCCAAGAGGUAUCUCCAAGGUUUGAAUAUUAUUCAAAGCCAGUUCAAGAACUGGAGGAGUAGUCUUCAAGGAGGGAGAGCAGAACUAAGAACAUAGCAGCUAAUAUGAUUUGUCGUAUCCUCUCUCGUAUUGACACUGACAAGUUGAAACAUUACUUCAAGCUAAUUAAGAAGAACAAUGAAAAUCAAAAAGACUUUUCAAGAGAGGUCUACUCCCCUUAGCAGUCAUUUAACCCUCACACAUACAUUCCUUCAGAUAUUCAUGAUUUAAGUCACAUUCCUGCUCACGACAUCAAGACACCUAGCUAUGAAUUAUUGCUGUCUCCAAAAGAGAACACCAAGAAGAAGACCUUAUUCAGACAUUAGUCUCCUCCAGUGUUCUAAGCUGAAUUCCAAAAAAGCUAUGGACUUAGUACCACUAAUAGUGUGAUUAAUAAUGACAGCGUAAAUAUAUACAAAAUGACAGGGAAUUCAAAGAGGAAAAACGACAAUGAUAUAACUAAGCUUGGGAAUAAAAUCACGAGUUUGAAUAGAAAGGAGCAGAGGUCUUUUAUAUCAUCAGUAUCUAGCAGCACAUCUAAAACAUUGGAAAAGAGUUCAAAGUCUAAAAACACAAAGUCAAGUAAAAUAGGCAUGAGUUCCCCAAUGAUUGUGCAGAUUUCACAGAGCAUGUUCAAUCCAAAGAAGAUAACUUACUCCAGAGACUCAUUUGUCAACAACUUCAGCGUAAGAAACAAUCCGACUCAAAUGUCAAGUAACAAGCAGGACCUAAGCAUGGACUCAUCUAAUAUAAAGCACAAACUAAUCACUAAAACCAUUGACUAUGACGAUAAUAAUGCCAGCAAUGUGAUGAGCACUAGUAAUAUGAAUGGCAACAGCACUCUUUAAGCUAAAAGGACUGCUGACUUCAGAAAGUAUAUAAAUCAAACUACUAUUGAAUCAAACGACACUAGCAACACAACUAAAAAGUAGGUCAAAAUUAGUGAUAUGUCCAAGACUUCAAAGGAAAAGUUUAAAUUUUGA